GAGGAGGCGGCCGGGUCGGCGGUUGAAGCGGGGUCGGGCACCCGCCGCUUGCGAUCACAUCUCUCCGAGGGUAUCUGUCCGCUCGGCGCUCGGCCACCAUGGCUGUGCUGGCGGCGCUUCUGCGUGGUGGCGCCCGUGGGCGCAGCCCCCUGCUUCGGAGGCAGAUGCAGGAAAUAAGAUAUGUGGAACGAAGUUAUGUAUCAAAACCCACUUUGAAUGAAGUGGUCAUAGUAAGUGCUGCAAGAACACCCAUUGGAUCCUUUCUAGGCAGCCUUUCCUCUCUGCCAGCCACUAAACUUGGUUCCAUUGCAAUUCAGGGAGCCAUUGAAAAGGCAGGGAUUCCAAAAGAAGAAGUGAAAGAAGCAUACAUGGGUAAUGUUCUACAAGGAGGUGAAGGACAAGCCCCUACAAGGCAAGCAGUACUGGGUGCAGGCUUACCUAUUUCUACUCCAUGUACCACUGUAAACAAAGUUUGUGCCUCAGGAAUGAAAGCCAUCAUGAUGGCCUCUCAGAAUCUUAUGUGUGGACAUCAGGAUGUGAUGGUGGCAGGUGGGAUGGAGAGCAUGUCCAAUGUUCCCUAUGUAAUGAACAGAGGAGCAACACCAUAUGGUGGCAUAAAGCUUGAAGAUUUGAUUGUAAAAGAUGGGCUAACUGAUGUCUACAAUAAAAUUCAUAUGGGCAACUGUGCUGAAAAUACUGCAAAGAAGCUGAAUAUUGCACGAGAUGAACAGGAUACUUAUGCUAUUAACUCCUAUACCAGAAGUAAAGCAGCAUGGGAAGCUGGAAAAUUUGGAAAUGAAGUUGUUCCUGUCACAAUUACAGUAAAAGGUAAACCAGAUGUAGUGGUGAAAGAAGAUGAAGAAUAUAAACGUGUUGAUUUUAGUAGAGUUCCAAAGCUGAAGACGGUUUUCCAAAAAGAAAAUGGUACAGUAACAGCUGCCAAUGCCAGCACACUGAAUGAUGGAGCAGCUGCUAUGGUUCUGAUGACUGCAGAUGCAGCCAAGAGGCUCAGUGUUAAACCACUGGCAAGAAUAGCAGCAUUUGCUGAUGCUGCUGUAGAACCUAUUGAUUUUCCAGUUGCACCUGCAUAUGCUGUACCUAAGGUUCUUAAAGAUGCAGGAUUGAAAAAAGAAGAUAUUACAAUGUGGGAAAUAAACGAAGCCUUUAGUGUGGUCGUACUAGCAAACAUUAAAAUGCUAGAGAUUGAUCCCCAAAAAGUGAAUAUCAAUGGAGGAGCUGUUUCUCUUGGACAUCCAAUUGGGAUGUCUGGAGCCAGGAUUGUCGUCCAUUUGGCUCAUGCCUUGAAGCAAGGAGAAUAUGGUCUUGCCAGUAUUUGCAACGGAGGAGGAGGUGCUUCUGCCAUGCUGAUCCAAAAGCUGUAGACAACUUCUGUUGUCUAAGGCAACAACCCUAUGUAGCCAGAAAGGCCUGCUGUAAUCAGGGUGACUGAUUACCCUGGGUCAGCUUGUAUGAAAAUAAUCUGUUUCACUUUUUAUUAUUUUCAACUCUUUUUAAAAAAAUAAGAUAAAAAAUCAAAUCCCCAAACCUUUUGAGAUUACACAGUAAUUUUUUCUUCUAAUUUACAUUGUUUCUCAUCUUGAGCACAUUUUUGUUAUAAGGCUGUACUGUUUAAAAUACCACUGUGCAAUAUUAGUGACUUAUAAGUAGCUAGAAGCUUCCAUUUUAGAGAAUAAAUCUUAAUUUACAUUUUUGAGGACUGUUAAAGAUUAAGUGAAUGUUAUCUAUCACUAAUUUAGAUUUAAUAGACCCUUCAAAGUAAGAGCAGUUAUUCUGUGCAAACUAGGAAUGCCUCAUAUCAUUAGUCAAGAAGCCAAAGACUGUAGUGUUGCUAGAAACAGGAGGAACCCGUGUGCUCAGGUCUGAAGUGGGUGCAAUUUUUCAUAACCUCAUCAUUCAGAAUUUGUUUGGGCGUGGGGGUUAGGGUUUUUGCUCUGAAUUACUACAGUAGCACAAAGAGUGGGAAAGAAGGUGGAAACUAAACUGCUCAACUGAAUGGAUUUCUGAAGGGAAGAGAUCGUCACUUUCAUUAUGCCACAAUGCCUGUUCUUAAGCAGAAGAAAAUGCAGCACAAGUAUCUUGAGUUGCAUCUCAUCUAGAAAAAAAACACACUGUAGGCAGGGGCUAUGCACACCAACCUCAGCUGCAGUUCUGAGAAGGGAAACCUGUUUAAGUUGAUGUUGACAAUAGUUGGGGAGUAGAGAGGACAGAAAAGUGGUAUUACAUCUAUCUCAUGGCAAAUAAUUCAGUGAAUUAUUCAGUGAAUACUUAUCGUUGAAGGAAAAAAAAAAGAUAACAUGGAAAAAAAUUGUUCUUAAGAUUCAAAGACUACUUUCAAAAAUAUCUGUAUAGUAAUUACAGCUCCCUUUUGCAGCUCAUUAUGUGCUAAGUAGUGUCCUAGAGUCUUUAUUUGUAUUAACUCCUUUAAUCCUCACAAAAACUCGAUAGGGUAGGUACCAUUAUUAUCCCUCCUAUAAAAAUAAGGAAAUUGAGGCGUGGAGUGGUAAAAUAAAUUCUCAAGGUCAAAUACCUCGUGAGUAGCUGAGAUGGAUUCAGUUCCAGGCAGUCUUACGCCAGAGCCCAAGUUCUUAACUCAGUAUGUUUGGCUUCUCAGUCUCAGAUAAGUAGCUGCCGUAACUGUAAGAGGAACUGGGUAAAAUACAUGGGAAAAAAAAAAUCCAACCCAAAAUAUUUAGAAUACUUCAUUGAAGAUAAGCAGAAUUAACAACGAAUCCAAAAGUCAGUCAUCUGGAAAACUUAAAUCUGGGAGUAAAUGAAGAGAGAAAAAGAAAAGACAUAGAACCAGCAAGUAAAUGGUAUUUAUUAAAAAGGAAAAAGAAAGGUACUCUGAAGCAAUAAUUACAAUGUAAGAGAAAAACUCAGAUUUUUACUAAGUGUGCAGAUUUAGAAGGCCUUAUUUCAUUAACAGAAUUAACAGAAUCACACUAAUGUUCUAUGGAAAAGACAGUAAGAAAAAAAUUCUUGAAACAGCUAGGUAGAAAAAUUGGUAACCUUAGUCCUUAUUUCUAUAACUGUCAGAAGACAAGUGACCAACAUCUACAUAUUUUUAAUGGAGUAAGAGUGAUAAAGAUACUAGAAGGAGUGUCUAGGCAUGCAAAAGCUUAGAAAAUGUAGCACUGUGAUGUUUCCUCCAAAAAUGACAAAGGUUUAUCAGCACAUGGAAAGAAUAAUCAAGAAUUUGGGAGUGUGAAAGUUAAAUUUUUAAAAAAUGAUUAAGGACUGACUAGGGAGCAAGGGAAGAUAGGGGUGAAACAAGGGUUAAAUAUAUAUAUAUAUAUAUAUAUAUAUAUAUAUAUGCUAAAUAAAGGGAAAUGCCAUUGGAAUGUAAAAAGGAGUUCCACAUUUUAAAUUACUAUAGAAGAUAAAAGCUGAAAAACCUAAUUACAAAGUAAAAGAUGGCUGGUGUAUAUCACAAAUUAUUAGACAUCAAGGCAGAAAGUGUUAAAAUAGGACAAGAACUAUUCCAUGUAAAGAAGAUUACUCAAAAUGAAGUUAUGGAGAAUCCAAAGAGGGUCAUAGAAGAAGUGGCUUUUAUGAAGGAUGACAUGAGAAUUUAGCAUGCAUUUAGGAGCUGAUUGGCAUCCUCCCUGGAGACUGGGGAAGCCAGCAGAUACCACCUCUAUGUUCUCACUUGAGCCCAGUACACAUCUGGUGCAGUACACAUUGCUUUUGCAGCUGCCACUGAAGGGAGAGGCCCCUGGAUCACCUGGCUCUGAUAGCCAGCAGGUUUUAUACUUAUGGGUGCCACAGAACUGUAGCAAAGAAUCAGUCAUUAAUGGGUAUAGCAGCCCUGCCCACACCUCCCAAGGGUAUACACCUGGGCCCAGUGCAGAGGCAACAUGCAAAAAAGCCCAUCUCCUAGUUUUCUCCAUGAGAGGGCCCUAACUACAUACUUUCCCAGUUGCUGCCUACAAGUACAGCUUUCAAUCAACUUGCAUCUAGGUACAGACUGUAGUCUUCCCCUUUGGGAGCCACUAAGAACAAAGAAGGCAGCAUGGAAAAUCACAAAUGUUUAAGAGAUAAAGAGCUCUGGUCAGGCUGAUGUAUAAGGUUCUCUUACCUAAGAUCACUUUGUCAAGACUGAGAGAGGUGGCUCUUUUAUCUAAGGUACAGAAACCAACACAGUCAAGGAAGAUGAAGAAAUGGGAAUAUGUUUCAAACAAAAGAAUGAGAUAAAACUUUAGAAACAGAUCUCAAUGAAACAGAGAUAAGUGAUUUACCUAAUAAAGAAUUAAAAAUAAUGGUCAUAAAGAUGCUCACAGAUCAGGAGAACAAUGUUUAAACAAAGUGAGAAUUUCAAAGAAGGUAGAAAAUAUAAGAAAGUACCAAACAAAUCAGAGAGCUGAAGAAUACACUAACCGAAUUGAAAAUUCAAUAGAGGAGUUAAGCAGCAGACAAGUAGAAGAAAGGAUCAGUGAACUCAAAGACAGGGCAGUGAAAUUUAUCCAAUCAGAGGAGCAAAGAAAAAAAGUAAAGACAGCUUAAAGGACUUAUGAGACAACAUCAAGUGAGCAAAAAAGUAUAUGCAUUAUAGGGGGUCCCAGAAGUAGAAGAGAAAGGGGCAGAAAUCUUAUAAAAAAUAUCAGCUGAAAACUUUCCUAACCUGGAGAAAGAAACAGACCAGAUUCAGGAAGCACAGAGAAAUCCAAAAAAGAUAAAUCCAAAGAGCCCUCACAUGGAGACACAUUAUAAUUAAAUUGUGAAAAGUUAAAGACAGAGAAUCUUAAAAGCAGCAAGAGAAAAACUUGUCAUGAACAAAGGAACCCCCAUAAGACUAUCAGCAGAUUUUUCAGCAGAAACAUUAUAGGCCAGAGGGGAGUGGUAUGAUAUAUUCAAAAGGACUGAAAGAAAAAACAAACAAACUGCCAAUCAAGAAUACUUUAUCCAGGAAAGCUGUCCUUCAGAAUUGAGAGUUUCCCAGACAAGCAAGAGCUGGAGGAGUUCAUUACCACUAGACCAGCCUUAUUAAAAUGUUAAAGGGACUUCAACCUGAAUCAAAGGAUGCUAAUUAGUGACAAACCUUUGAAAGUAUGUCUCACUGGUAAAGAUAAAUAUAUAGUUAAAUUCAGAAUACUUUAUUGUAAUGGUGGUGGGUAAAUCCUUAUAACUCUGGUGUGAAGGCUAAGACAAGAUGAUUAAAAAUAAGCAUAGGGCUUCCCUGGUGGCGCAGUGGUUGGGGUUCUGCCUGCUGAUGCAGGGGGCGUGGGUUUGUGCCCCUGUCUGGGAGGAUCCCACAUGCCGCGGAGUGGCUGGGCCCGUGAGCCGUGGCCGCUGGGCCUGCGCGUCCGGAGCUUGUGCUCCGCAACGGGAGAGGCCACAGCAGUGAGAGGCCCGCGUACAGAAAAAAAAAAAAAAAAGCAUAACUUCAAAAAUUUUUAAUGGAUACAUAAGGUAAAAAUAUGUAAACUGUAACAUCAAAAACAUAAAAUGGAGGGGGGAGUAGAGUGUAGAACUUAAGUAUUUGAAAUUAAGUUGUUAUAGCUUAAAAUAUACUGUUAUAAAUACGAGAUGUUUUAUAUAAGCCUCAUGGUAACCACAAAGCAAAGACCUAUAGUAGAUGCACAAAAGAUAAAGGAGUCUAUGCACACCCCUACAAAAAAAAUCAUCAAACCACAAAAGAAGAAAGCAAGACAUGAAGGAACAAAGGAAUUACAGCCAGAGAACAAUGAACGAAAUGGCAAUAGUAAGUCCAUAUCUAUCAAUAGUAACCUUAAAUGACUGAAAGGAAAAAAAAAAAAAAGACCCAAUUAUAUGCUGCAUACAUGAGAAUCACUUCAGGUUUAAGGACACAUAGAGACUGAAAGUGAAGGAAUGGAAAAAUAUCUCAUGAAUGGAAACCAAAAGAAAGCAGGGUAGCUAUAUUUAUAUUGGACAAAAUAGACUUUAAGACACAGACAUAGGAAGAUAAAAGGUCAUUAUAUUAUGAUAAAGGGGUCAAUCCAACAAGAGAAUAAAAAAUUGUAAAUAUUUAUCCACCCAACAUUGGAGCACCUAAAUAUAUAAAGCAUUUAUUAACAGACCUGAGGGUACUCCCUGGCAGUCCAGUGGUUAAGACUUGGUGCUUUCACGGCUGGGGUCUGGGUUCAAUCCCUGGUUGAGGAACUAAGAUCCUGCAAGCUGCACAGCGUGGCCAGUGGUGGUGGGGGGAUGGGAAACGAGACCUAAGGGAGGAAGAGACAGUAAUCCAAUAAUAGGGGACUUCAAUACCAUACUUUCAACAAUAGAUAUUUCAUCCAGAUUGAAAAUCAAUGAGGAAACACUGGACUUAAAUGAUACAUUAGACCAGAUGGACUUAGAUACAUUAUGAUGUUCUAUCCAAGGGCAGCAGAAUACAUAUUCUCAAGUACACAUGUAUCAUUCUCCAAAAUAGAGCAUAUGUUAGGCCACAAAAGAGGUCUUAAGAUUAAGGAGACUGAAAUUGCAUCAAGCAUCUUUUCUGGUCACAAUGCUAUGAAACUAGAAAUCAAUUAUAAGAAGAAAAGUGGAAAAUUCACAAAUAUGUGGAGAUUAAAAACCAUGCUACUGAACAACCAAUGGGUCAAAGAAGAAAACCAAACAGAAAUAAAAAAAAUAUUCUGACACAAAUGAAAAUAGAAAUGCAACACACCAAGACAUGUGAUGGAGCAAAAGCAGUUCUAAUAGGGAACUUUAUACUGCACUAAGAAUCAAGAAAGAUCUCAAACAACCUAACUUUACACCUCAAGGAACUAGGAAAAGAACAAACUAAGCCCAAAGUUAGCUGAAGGCAGGGAAAUAAAGAUCAGAGCAGAAAGAAAUGAAAUACAGGCUAAAAAGAUAAUAGAAAACAUUAAAAAAAAUGAAGAGCUGAUUUUUUAAAAAAGAAACAAAUGACAAAUCAUUUGCUAAACUUAAAAAAAGAGAAGCCUCAAAUAAAUAAAAUUAUAAAUGAAAGAGGAGAUAUUACAACUAGUACCACACAAUGAAUCAUAAGCGAGUAUGCUGAACAAUUAUACACCAAUGAACUGCACAAACUAGAAGAGAUGGAAGAAGUCCUAGAACCAUAUAACCUACAAGACUGAAGCAUGAAAAAAUAGAAAAUCUGAACAUACUAAUUACUAGUGAGGAGACUGAAUCAGUAAUGAAAAACCUCCAAAAUAAGAAAAGUCCAGGACCAGACAGCUUCAUUGGUGAAUUCCACCAAGCAUUUAAAGAAAUAAUACUAAUCCUUCUCAAGCUCUUCCAACAAAUAGAAGUGGGAAUCCUUCCAAACAAAUUUUAUGAGGACAUCAUUACCCUGAUACCAAAACCAAAAAAGGACACUACAAGAACAGAAAACUACAGGCCAAUAUCUCUGAUGAAAAUAGAUACAAAUAUCCUGAACAACAUAUUAGCAAACCAAAAUCUACAGCACAUUAAAAGAAUCAUGCACCAUAAUUAAGUGGAAUUUAUUCCAGGGAUGUAAGCAUAGUUUAGUAUCCAUAAGUCAAUGUUAUAAACCAAGUAACAAAAUGAAGGAUAAAAAUCAUAUGAUCAUCUCAAGAUGCAGAAAAAGCAUUUGAUAAAAUUCAACAUCCAUUCUUGUUAAAAACUCCCAAUAUAGGGGGUGUAGAAAGAAUGUACUUCAACAUAAUAAAGGCUAUAUAUGACAAGCCCACAGCUAACAUCAUACUCGAUGAAAAGCUGAAAGGUUUUCCUCUAAGAUCAGGAACAAGACAAGGAUGCCUACUCUUACCAAUUUUAUUCAACAUAUUACUAGACAUCCUAAGCAGAACAAUUAAAAUAGCAAGCAAGGAAAAGACAAAAAGCUUCCACAAAAGGAAGAAGUAGGUGAAAUGCAGAUGAUAUAUUAUAUAUAGACUACCCUAAAAACUCUACCAAAGAACUGUUAUAAUAAAUGAAUAUAAUAAAGUUGUAGGAUACAAAGUCAAUAUACAGGCAUACCUCAUUUUAUUGCACUUUGUAGAUACUGUGUUUUUUUUUGUUUUGCUUUAUUUUUUUAAACAAAUUGAAGGUUUGUGGCAAUCCUGUGUUGUCAGAUGAUGGUUAGCAUAUUUUAGCAAUAAAAUUAAGGUAUACAUAUUGUUUUUUAAGACAUAAUACUAAUGCACACUGAAUAGACUAUAGUGUAAACAUAACUUAUAUGCACUGGGAAACAAAUUUGCGUGACUUGUGAUUUGCUUUAUUGCAGUGGUCUAGAACUGAACCUGCAAUAUCUCCGAGAUAUGCCUGUAUUUUUUUGUUUUUCAACAAAUUGAAGCUUUAUGGCAACCUUGCAUUGUGUAUCAAGCAAGUCUAUCAG